GGUCUGCAACUUUUCGUCCACGAGAAUCGCUCGCGCGUCUCUUCUCUCUUUCGAGCAAGGAAGAGCAAAUGCGUGCUGUUGAGGUAUGUGCUUGCAUUUACGUCUAAUAUGAAGAUAAUGAUGCAGCAACUUCCACUUCGCCUCGUAAAGUCUGUUUCUCUUUCUGCUACCACCCUCCAUGAAAUUGCUUCCUCUCACCAUAAAGGUAUUGCCAAGGUUGUAUUGAAAAAGGGUAAAACACAACUCUUUAAGGAUGGAAGCCCAAUGGUGUACAGUGGAGCAGUUGACAGAAUAAUUAGUAGGCCACCACCUAAGACUGGAGAUGUCGUGCUGGUGGCUGAUGGAACAGAGAAACCAAUUGGGUGGGGCUUGUAUAAUUCUGUUUCUAUGUUCUCUGUUCGGCUGAUGCAGUUAGAAGAGGAAGCGCUGAAAGAUCCUUCUUGUGCUUUGAACAUACAGAAACUUAUUGAAAAAAGAAUUGAUGCAGCUAGAGAACUGCGCAAGAGUCUGGGACUUCCCUCAGCAUAUACAAAUGCUUAUCGGCUUGUAAAUAGUGAAGGAGACAGAUUGUCAGGACUAAUUGUUGAUGUCUUUGGAGAUAUAGCAGUAAUAGCAUCUUCCGCUGCUUGGGUUGAGAAGUAUAGACCAGAAGUAGAGGCUUGCAUUAGAAAAAUUAAUGACAUUAAUCAUGUAAAAUGGAGACCUUCAUUUGACAUUUUGAAAGAAGAAGGAAUUGAUGUGUCUAAUUUUAAAGAAAUGCUUCCAUCAACUUGUCCAGAGAGAACAAAGGUUAUGGAAAAUGGGAUUUCUUAUGCAAUCUCAUUAGAUGGUCAGAAGACAGGAUUUUAUGCUGACCAGCGUGAAAACCGUCAUUUUAUAUCAACAAUUUCAAAUGGUCAGAGAGUUCUUGAUGUUUGCUGCUAUAGUGGUGGUUUUGCUCUAAAUGCAGUUCGAGGAGGUGCUAUGAAUGUCAUUGGUGUUGAUUCAUCAUUGGCUGCUUUGGAGCUUGCCAGAGAAAAUAUUGUUCUUAACAAUAUGGAUCAGAAAAAAAUAUCAUUUAUGAGAGAGGACGCAAUUGAGUUUAUGAAGAGUGCUCUUUCAAGCAAUGAGAUUUGGGAUAUUAUAAUUUUGGAUCCUCCAAAGUUAGCACCAAGGAAAAAGGUUCUGAAAAAUGCAUCAGGCAUGUACAGGAAUUUAAACUCAUUAGCUAUGCAAUUGGUGAAAAGAGGAGGUCUCCUCAUGACUUGCUCUUGUUCAGGAGCUAUGACACAGAGUGGGAUGUUCUUGGGUAAUCUCCAGAGUGCUGCAGCAAUGGCUGGUCGGAAAGUCACAAUCCUGCGACAAACAGGAGCAGCUUGUGAUCAUCCUGUUGACCCAUCAUACCCAGAAGGAGCAUACCUCUCCAAUAUUCUUCUCAGAGUGUUAUAGACAUCCUUGUCAUUAACAUUUUACAGAAUGCAGCUACUAGAUGAAAACUGUUUGGGUGCAACUAUUUGUUAAAUUAUAAAUCAAAUUUCCUGAUGUCAAGUUCACCAAAAAUACAUAUUUCAAACAAA